ACGUUAGUAUGUUUUACUGGGUAAGUUCUGUUUUUACAGUUUUGAGCUUAUUUGUGGCAUAAAAUACAAUCAUUUACUCAGCCAUAGCAGUGCUGCAUUAUCUGUCGCCAAACUCAUUCAUUUCACCGAUAUUUUCUUUAUGAUUUGCUAGUGCUAGCUAGCUGUUUCCACUAACGCGAAUUCACAUACGCGGCUACGUACGUCUACUGUGUACUGUCGGCUACAGAAGCCCAGAGGAUGCAAAUUCACAACAAUACAUGACAGUUAGUUACAGACGUCGGAUAACAUAACAGACGACCCGGACCCAAAAGUUGAACAGAAGUAGUGAAUCAUGAUUCAUGAUACACGUAGCGCUCCCCCGAACCAAAACUGUCCGCUGGAGCGGAGCGGGGUGCUGAGCGAUCGGUGGGACGGAGGGACUAAAAACACAGCUGAGUGAUAAGCCGUCAUUGCAGUACAACUUCAAACUCCAAUAUGAAGAUCCAGACUUCAGUAAUGCGCUCUGCGAUUUGCCUGAAAGAGCUACUCUGAAAGUCAUCCCUCUUGUGACUCUUGAGUUGACAACCCUGUCUUCAUCCACUGAACAGACAGACUCCAGCUCAGCAGACACUGAGAUCUUUUCCUCCGCUGGUUCAACACCUUCACCAAGAAGACAGUGGCCUGAAUUCUUCCACAUACCCAAUUUCUCUGUGGAUGUAGCAUACCGACUGAGACAGGCAGAUCUCUUAUUUAUGAGAGAUCGUGUCCCAUUGACUCCGUCACAAGAUAUGAAACAUGAAAUACUUGAGAAGCUUGCUAAAACAAUGUACAGUUUCAAAGCUUAUCCUGACGACGAUGACUUCAGCAGUGUUGCAAAAGCACUCAUUAGCAAGCACCCCGGCCUCACUGAACCUGGUCCCCAGCCAGGAUGGUAUGGCUGGAAGAACAGCCUUAAAUUCAAGAUGGCCAACUAUCGUACAAAAUUACGAAAAGCAGAAUGUGAUGAUGUGAUGAUCAAUGGGGGUAAACGAAGCAAACACAACCGAGAAGGACCAUCAUCCAGCAAGAACAUCAAGCGGCCAAGAAGAGGUGAAGCCAAUUAUUUGUCUAAUUUACCAGACAGACAUGAUGAAAGCAGCCUUGAAAAUGCCAUAGAGGAAAUGAAGAAAAAACAAGCCAAUGCCAGUCUAGUUUCAAGAAUGAUGGAAGAAACAUUCUCACUGCGCAAAAGGGAGAUAGUGACACAGGAGCCUGCUGCGCAGAGCAUGAUGGAAAGAUGGCCAGCACUGUUCACGGAGAGACAGAUCUUUGCUGAGUUUAAUCGCAUUGCCAGCAAGAAUCUUGAAGGGGACUUCUAUGAAGCCCUAGACCAGCACACACCGCGCUUCAUCGAUCUUUUGGGACAAAAACUGACAGAUUUGAUGCAGCACAUCAACUGGAUGGACUGCCGCUCAUGA